AUGAAGUAUAUUGAUGCAAUAGGUGUUGGCACAUUGGAAUUGGGGAAUAUCUUCCUCACUCAGACUGCAGAUGGGAUCCUAGGAAAUUCAUCCCUCCUUGGUCUUUAUACCUUCUCUUUGCUCACUGGACACAAAUUGAGACCCACAGACCUGAUUUUCAACCAGCUGGUCCUAGCCAACUCCAUCAUCCUUUUCUCCAAAGGGAUCCCUCAAACAGUGUUGGCUUUUGGAUCCCAAAAUUUCCUGGGUGCUGCUGCAUAUAAACUUGUAUUUUAUUAUUACAGAGUGAGCACAGGGGUUUCCUCCAGCACUAUAUGUCUCCUCAAUGACUUCCAAGGUCUUAAGCUGAACCCUAGUAUGUGUAGGUGGAUGGAGCUCAAGAUUAGAUCCCCAAAGUUCCUUGGCUUCUGCUGUUUCCUCUGCUGGACCCUACAUCUCUGGAUAAAUUCAUUUAUUCCUCUAAUAGUAAACGGUCCAUCCAAUAACAAAAACCUUAGUGUGACAAGAAAUGGAUAAAGUUCCUGGAAUGGGGUAGGGAGAUUUAACAUAUUAUUUGCAGUCAUAUAUUUUUAUAUGGGUUUGAGCUUCAUGGUCUGGGUCAGUGGCUCCAUGGUCUUUGUCCUGCUCAAGCACAAGCAGCAAGCCCAACACAUUCACAGCAACAGCCUUUCCCCCAGAUCUUCCCACGAGGCCAGAGCCACACACACCAUCUUGGUCCUGGUGAGUUUCUUGGUUACCUUUUAUUCAAUCUAUGCUAUUUUAACUGUUUGGAUGACUCUGGUUGCAAAUCCAGGCCAGUGGAUGGUGAACAGCACUGGGUUUGUCUCCUCGUGUUUUCCAGCGUUCAGCCCCUUUGUGCUCAUGGUCAGUGACACUCGAGUCUCUCAAUUCUGCUUUGUCUGUAGGGCAAGGUGA